UUGGUAAGGUUUCAUGAAUUUAAGGUCUAAAAUAAUCGUGAGAAAAUUACAAUGAAAAACUUUGUGAAAUAAAGAGAUUCCAGACCAAAAUUAAACAAAACAAAACGAGCACAAUUUUAGUUUUCCUUCAUUCAAACUAUCUCCUAAAAAUUGUUAAUUUUCAGCACACACUUCCUUCCAUUGCAGCCCACCUCGAUUUAUAUUUCUGGAAUCAUCAAACAUUCAAAAAUUGCAAAGUUGUAAAAGGUCUCGGAUUAUUCGCAAUUAUCUACUGUUUCAUGUUAGUUUAUCCAAACUUUUUUCAAAUCCUCUGAAACCUCAUUUUUCAGAGUUCACUAUGUCUAUUAUGUCAGUGGUUCCUGGGCAUAUCCAAUUCUCGGAGAACUCUCACCACCCUUCCGAAUUGCUUUUAUUUCCGCCACAAUGAUAACAAUUUAUGUGUGUCAUUUGUGGUUGAAUGUUUUUCCAAAGUAUUAUAAACUACUGGAAAAACAGAUAUUAAUCGGAAAAAAAAUCAGAAAGGAAACAACUUAUUUCCGCAUGCGUGAUAAAUGUAUUAUUGCUUAACAAAUCAUAUUAUUUCAUUUUUUAUAUAAAAACUUUGCUCUCUAUCACUUAUUUUUUCGCAGAUAAAACAUAUAAGUUGUAGGCUAAACUCUAGCAUGAACAAAAAAUAUCGAUCAAAGGUGAGAUAGCAAGUAGACAGACACGUUCUUCUUUUUUGUCACUUAUUUAUUUUUCGAUAAACAAAUAGUUUUUAUUUUUUACCUUUUUCAGAUGAAAGUCCUUUUUCAUCUUGCUGCGUUUGGUUUAUACGCAUGGACUUGUUAUGAGGAUUAUUUUCUUGUGAGUGGUGAACUUUUGCCAAUUCCGAAUCAGUUUUUCUCGAAGUUUGUUUGGUUGACAUUGAUUGAUUUGGUAAGAAAUUUUGAAAUUUGCAUCUGAUAAUUCAAUAAAAAAUUUUCAGUAUUCUCAACUCAUCUAUCACUUUGUUGGAAUUAUCCUCGCCCUUUUCUUCGAUAAAAAACGUCAUCCAAUUUACGAUUAUAUAGCUCGAGCAUUAAUUGGACCAAUUGGAGUAUCAGUCACUGUUCUGUUCUGGGCAUUAUAUUUAGCUGACCCAGGAACAUUAGCGAAAGAUGAGAUGGGUCGGAAAAAUUCUUGCGAUGAAAUGGUUCAAUCAUGGUUUACACACCCUUCCAAUUAUCACAACACAUCUCGAUUUGUUCUUCUGGGAUCAUCAGAAAUUUUCGAAAACCGCGGUUUUGAAAGGAAUUGGAAUAUUUGUCACUCUUUAUCUUAUUGAGUGAGUUUUCUAUCUAAUUUUUCUUCAAUAGCAUUACCCUCUAAAAUUAAAAAUAAUUCCAGCAUUCACUACGUUUACUACACUGCUGGUUUCUGGGCCUAUCCAAUUCUUGGCAAGCUCGCUUUGCCAUUCCGCUUGCUUUUCAUUGUUGUUUGUAUGCUUGUCGUCUAUUCUUCAUAUCUUUGGCUUUCCCUAGUCAACAGUUUUAUCAACAAAGAUAAGAAGAAGGCACAAAAAAAGAAUUGA